ACCGGUGAUACUAGGAAGUGGGCAUUUCAUAGUGCAUGCUGGCGACAAGCUGCCCUGCUAUUGCCCUAUUCAGCUCCGGUGCAGGCGGUCACUGAGACACCGGGAGAGCCGCUGCUGUCAGCGUGGAAGCAGUCCCAGGGCUGACAGUCUAGGUGUGAAUUUGAGGCGCCGACAUGUUCAGUUGGCUGGGAAAGGAGAGCAGCAGCGGCCGCGGCACGCAGGAUGUGCUUCAGACGGUGACGGGCGGCCUGCAGUCUCUGUACACCGGCAAGCUGCUGCCUCUGGAGGAGCACUACCGAUUCCAUGAGUUCCACUCCCCGGCCUUGGAGGAGGCUGACUUUAAGAACCUGCCCAUGGUGCUGCUGGUGGGGCAGUAUAGCACGGGGAAGACCACCUUCAUCAGGUAUCUGUUGGAGCAGGAUUUCCCAGGAAUGAGGAUUGGUCCAGAGCCAACCACAGAUUCAUUUAUUGCUGUAAUGUAUGGUGAUAAAGAAGGAAGCAUCCCAGGAAACGCGCUGGUUGUUGACCCAAAGAAACCAUUCCGCAAACUCAAUAGUUUUGGAAAUGCCUUUCUGAACAGGUUUAUGUGCUCACAGCUCCCCAAUCAGGUACUGAAGAGCAUCAGCAUCAUUGACUCUCCCGGAAUCCUUUCUGGAGAAAAGCAACGCAUCAGCAGAGGUUAUGAUUUCUGCCAGGUCUUGCAGUGGUUUGCAGAGCGCGUAGACCGAAUUAUUCUUCUGUUUGAUGCCCACAAAUUGGACAUAUCUGAUGAGUUCUCCGAGGCAAUUAAAGCCUUCCGCGGUCAGGAUGAUAAAAUCCGAGUGGUGCUUAACAAGGCAGACCAGGUUGACACUCAGCAGCUAAUGAGGGUCUAUGGUGCCCUAAUGUGGUCUUUAGGGAAGGUGAUAAACACCCCCGAGGUGGUUCGUGUGUACAUUGGCUCCUUUUGGGCAAAACCCCUACAGAACACUGAGAACCGAAAACUCUUUGAAAUGGAAGCUCAGGAUUUGUUUCGUGACAUCCAGGGCCUCCCUCGAAAUGCUGCCCUGCGCAAGCUCAAUGACCUUAUCAAACGAGCUCGACUUGCUAAGGUACAUGCCUAUAUUAUCAGCCACUUAAAAAAAGAAAUGCCAGCAGUAUUUGGGAAAGAAGCAAAGAAAAAGGAGCUGAUAAACAACCUCCCAGAAAUUUACCGCCAGCUGCAGAGAGAGCAUCAUAUUUCACCCGGCGAUUUCCCCGACGUUAAGAAAAUGCAGCAACAACUGGAGAUGUAUGACUUCUCCAAAUUCCAUGCACUGAGGCCUAAGCUGAUUGAAGCUGUGGACAACAUGCUGGCUAAUAAAAUAUCGUCUUUAAUGAGUAUGAUUCGUGAGGAAGAAAACAGCAUGCCGCCUCAAAUGGUACACGGAGGGGCAUUUGAAGGAACCACAGAAGGGCCCUUUGGCCAUGGCUAUGGGGAAGGAGCAGGUGAAGGCGCUGGAGAGGAGGAAUGGGUGGUGGCCAAAGACAAGCCUGCAUAUGAUGAGUUGUUCUACACGCUGUCUCCGAUCAAUGGCAAGAUAUCCGGAGUCAAUGCCAAGAAAGAGAUGGUCAACUCAAAGUUACCGAACAGUGUCUUAGGGAAGAUCUGGAAGCUGGCUGAUUACGACCAAGAUGGCAUGUUGGAUGAUGAAGAGUUUGCCCUGGCCAAGCACCUUAUUAAAAUUAAGCUGGAAGGGUAUGAGUUGCCCAGUGAUCUCCCACCUCACCUUGUACCCCCAUCUCAAAGGAAACACCAACAAAACUCUGAGUGAGCCAUGCAGCAGUGGGCACGGAAAUAAAUAUAAUACUUGUUGUUAUUACACAGGACCAUGUAAGAUUAUUAUGGGUAAAGGCCAAAUGACCCUUUGAAAACAUAGUCUCAAUGAAAAGGUUUUUUUUUUCUUGCAUAUAUAACAUGUAUAUGUAGAAUUAUAUUUUGUAACCAGAAAUCUUUAAAAAAAAAAUGAUUUUAUUUUUAUAUUCACGAAUAGUAGAGGUUGAAAAUAACCAGUGUUGACCGUUAUAUGAGUGAAGAAAAGUGUUAGACAGAAGCUGGCUAUUCAUUAAAUAUAACUUUAACUACUAUAUAAAAUUUGCUGGAAAGAUCCAGUUGUCUAUGACUACUAAAAUUGAAAUAAUAUACAGUAUUGUUGUCUCUGGAUACAGCAAAUGUCUUAACCCCUAUCAGCUCUGAUAUAGAUAUGAAAUUUUAUAUAUGCGGUUAACAUUAAUUUAUUAAUAUCAGAUUUAAAACUAAAGACGGAAAGUCUUCAAAUUCUGGGAGAUAUAUGGUAAGCUAUAUAUGGACUAUUUUUAUUUUUAAUAUUGAGACUAUGUUUUAAAAGGUGAAAGCUUCUUGAUUUUAUUUUCAUACGAUGGUGGCUGUUGUACAGAAUUUCCUGGAGAUUAGCUAGAAUAACUUGACAAUGUUCUAUGUAUUUCUUGACAUGCAUCCUUAGCCUAGCCAGAGAACAACUGUUUUUUUUUGUUUGUUUGUUUUUUGUUGUUGUUUUUUUAACAAAUACAAAUGUAUUUUAUUCACUUUAAUUAAAGUUGCAGUAGACAUAACAAAGUUUGUGCUAUUCAGAUAUCCAAGGCAGCCUUAAAUAAUCGCGCAUAUGUAUAUUUCACAUGUUUAGAAAAUGCCUUGAGAGGUAGUAGGCUUUUAACACUGUAAGUGCCACUGCGGGCUAUGAGUUCUGUUUGGACAGUGUUAUAAUUACUACAUGCUGAUAAUGCCUUUCAUAUUGUUUGCUCUGGUACAUCCAUUUUCCUAAUUGAUUUUUGAGUGGCUGAUAACCUAAUCAACCAACUGCACCAGGGAUAACACUGCCCAAGAAUAGUAGUAGGAUUUGGGGAAUAAGUAGAUAAAAAAACAAAAAAAAAACAA